CACGCACGGUGCAGCCAGAUAAAUUCCAUGCAUGCGGCGCAGUUAUUCGAAUCAACAGUAUGGAGCGGUUCGUUUCGUUCGGUGUUUUCCUGACAGUCGUGGCGUGGCUCUGCGCUUGGGCCGUUGAGACCGAUGUUUCAAACUGUACCGUUCAUAGCUUCCCAUGUGAAGAUGGGAACCAGGUGUCACUGUGCCUGAAGUGCAAUGGGAAGCCAGACUGUGCAGAGGGCAAUGAGAGCAGCUGCAACACUGGGAAUGUCACUUGUGAGCCUGGCGAAUGGCAAUGUGGAGGUGGAGGCCCUUGCCUGCCCUUGGAACAGUUCUGCGAUGACUAUCAGGACUGCCUGGACAAGUCUAACAAUUCUGCCAAGUCUUGUGGGCCCCACGUGACCCAACCCCAGACGCCCCUCCCUUCCCUGGCCUGCUCCAGGAAAGAAUUCCAAUGUGCACCAGGUGGUCUCUGUUUCCCACUGGAUUGGUGGUGUGAUGGCCAUGCAGAUUGUCUUGAUGAGCGGGAUGAAAAGAGCUGCAGCUUGAAUUUGCCAGCACCUUCAGGAGCAACUAAAACAGAGGGCAAGACGUUUCCUGCAAAGGGCCCUCCAAGUAUUCUCAAGGAACCAGUCUAUUUGACAGCGAUUGCCAUUGUGGCACUGCUGAUUGCAGUGGUGGCUGCAGUCAGUGUUUCCCUGUGGGAGCGCCGGAGAACAAAGCGUAACUCCUUCAGCUACAGACUAGCAGGCCAGUCCGUAGCAUGAACAGACAGCAAGAUUCUCUGCCAUAAGCGUAUGUUGCCAUUCCCUCAGAAGAAAUGUCCUCCGCUUGCACUAGGCGGCAUCUCUAGUCCUGGCUACUUGCUCCUGCUUCCACCUACAACAAUCUCCACUGAACAACAUGUUUUCACACGCGGCAAACUGCCCUCUUGCCAGCCAGCCAUACAAGAAGCUGGGACAUGAUCUUUCAAGGGAGUAUGAAACUGGAGAGCGGAGGGGCUUUUAUGGACCUACCUCUCCCACACACUACAAGCGGACCUUCCCUUUUCGUCCACAAACAUCACUCCUAAAUAUUGAUGCCUCUUUUUCAUUUCAGUUUUUGGUUCCAAGGAAUCUCCUGUGGAGGGGGGGGGGGCAUUGUGUUCUUUUUAAAAUUCUCAGUAGGAGCCACAAUUCUGGCCGGAUAAAAGGAAAAUCAUGGCCUGUCUACGGUUUGACGUUCCACUCCACCCCGCUCCAUGUCACACUUUAUUUUUAUUUCUGAACUAGUCCAGUGCCUUUAGCAUCUGACUACUGUGCCGAUGAUGAACAGGAAGAUAUCGCCAUGAGGUGACCAUAAGCUGUGUUAAUUUCCCGUGUUAGCAUAGCUCCUCCGAGUUUUGAUCAGAGCCAGGAUGAAACUCUCGAGUCUUAAACGGCUGCCUGGCUGCAAGAUCAGGUCGAAGGUGCUGCAUUAACCUCUCUUUGGGGCCAGUUGUCCAUGGGGGAGCGAUUUUUCUUUUCUACUGGGGCAAUGGCAGUAGGUCAUUUUUAUUUGUGAGAAAUAAAUCUCCGUUUGUUUUCUCUUGCCUUGAAGAUCACUGAAUAUAACUAUAGAUGUUUUAAUAUAUUUUUCUCCUCUGUAUGCAAUCCUUUGUCAGUAGGAGGAAUUAUGAUGCAAUAAAAGUACAUA